CCGAUAACAUUUUCAAGCAGCAUCCCACCUGCACAUUCAUCCCACGACAAUCAAUUUUCACAAUGGUCGGAAACAAGCCAGGAAGUAUGUAUAUGGCAUAACCAGGUUAUCUUAUACACACUGAUUGAUAUAUUAGAACCAAAAAGUAAGCGCGUACCCGUACGCCUGCGCAACAAAAUCGUCAAAGCCUCUUCCGCAAAACAAAGAAAAGCCCGCAAGCUCGCAAAGUCGAAUCCAGAAUGGCGGUCGAAGCUCAAGAAGGAUCCUGGAAUCCCUAACCUAUUCCCAUACAAGGACAAGAUUUUGGCUGAGAUUGAAGAGGGAAGAAGGAGAAAAGCUGAAGAUGCGGCCAAGAGGCGAGCAGAUGCGAAAGCUACCAAAACGGGAGUGCAGGCAGAGAAAGAGGUAGAAGAGGGCAUGGAAGAUGUGGAUGAGGAGGAUAUUGAGGGAAUGGAAUUGGAAUUGGAUGACGAUAUCGAUGAGGAUGCGAACCCCAUGGCUGCUCUUCUGGCAAGCGCUCGUGCGGCUGCGGCAGAAUAUGACGAGGAGCUAGAGAGCGGGGAUGAGAUGGAUGAAGACGACGAUUCCGAGUCUGAACCUGAAGGAGAUGGUAUCGAUAUUUCGACGCUGCCAACACGGAAAGAUGGAUCACGAAAAGCUUUCGACAAGGUCUUCAAACAAGUUGUGGAUCAAGCCGAUGUAGUUCUCUAUGUUCUCGAUGCUCGCGAUCCUGAAGGCACUAGAUCAAAAGAGGUUGAGCGAAUGGUUAUGGCCGCAGCAAGCGGUGGAAAGCGACUCAUCCUCAUCUUGAACAAAAUCGAUUUCAUUCCUGCUCCAGUCCUCAAGGCCUGGCUUCUUCAUCUCCGCCGUUAUUUCCCAACUCUGCCUCUGCGAGCAUCAGGCCCUGCACCAAAUGCGCACACUUUCAAUCACAAGCAACUCACAGUACAGAGCACAUCACAAACUCUGUUCAAGGCAUUAAAAUCCUAUGCCGCUGCUAAGCAACUGAAGCGCGCCAUCUCAGUUGGUGUUAUUGGAUAUCCUAAUGUCGGAAAAUCCUCAGUCAUCAACGCCUUGACAUCUCGCCUGGGUGGUGCAGGUGCAGCAUGUCCAGUUGGCGCAGAAGCAGGAGUCACCACAGCUCUUCGAGAAGUCAAAAUCGACAGCAAACUCAAGCUUCUUGACUCACCCGGUAUUGUCUUCCCAUCAUCCCUAGACGCAUCAGCCACCAAGGCAAGCAAAAUCGAAGAGCAGGCCCGUCUUGUCCUCCUCAACGCGAUCCCACCCAAACAAAUCGAAGACCCAGUUCCAGCAGUCACACUUCUUCUCAAACGCCUUUCCGCCUCUGCGGGCAUGGUCUCAAAACUUAUGGAUGUCUACAGUCUCCCACCUCUCCUAAAGACCAACGGCGACCCAACAACCGAUUUUCUCGUCCAAGUAGCUCGAAAGCGGGGACGUCUCGGAAAGGGAGGAGUCCCAAAUAUUGCCAGUGCCGCGACAACAGUCAUCACCGAUUGGCGAGACGGCCGAAUCCAAGGCUGGAUGGAUGCACCCGUUCUCACAGUCAUCGACUCCACCAAACCUGCCGUUGACGCAAAGGGAGUGGCUGUCACAGGUGAUCAGAAAGAAAUCGUGACAGAAUGGGCUGCAGAAUUCAAAUUGGAAGGGCUUUGGGGAGAUGGAAAACACGAAGUUGCUGAUGAUGUUACUAUGCAAGAGUAAAUUUCCAUGAUGCUUUAGCUAGGAAUUUCCUAUUUUCGGGAUGAGGGGUGUUUGGCGUUCGUUAGGUUGAGACGGGUGUAGGAGGUACAGUAAAAAGU